UCGUUGUGGAGCCAGAGCAGCCAGAGGGCGCAGUACUAGAAAAAUGAAGGCGUUCAUUGACAUCAGCGUAGUUGGAUUGUAGAUUGAAAAUUAUAACUCUUUCCUAGCUAGAAUUUAUUUUUCUGAACCCGCACUUCAAGCCACCGAGCCCUUCUUCGAAGAGGCGGCCACUGCGUGAGACGGCAUGUCCCUCAAGCCCAAGCGCAUCGACUUUGAGGGCACCUGGGAGCAGCUCAAGGACACUGUUGCCGGAGUCAUCACGCUGGGGAAGGUGCCCCGCCCCAUUUGGAACGACCGCUUCUCAGACGUGUAUGCGCUCUGCGUAGCGUUCCCCGAGCCUCUGGGCGAUCGGCUCUACCAGGAAACCAAGAAGUUUCUCAAUGCUCACGUUCAGUACCUCUAUGAGCUUGUGCUCUCGGGGGAUGAUCUGCUUGCCACGUACUACAAGCACUGGCUGGAGUAUAGCCAAGGGAUUGACUAUCUCAACAAGCUAUACAUGUACCUGAACACGCAGCACAUCAAGAAGCACAAGCUGAGCGAGGCGGACCUGAGCUACGGCUCGGUGGAGCCCACAGAGCAGCUGCUGGAGGUGGGGGAGCUGGGGCUGGACCUGUGGAGGCGCAACAUGGUGGCACCCCUCAGGCAUUCGCUGGUCUCCUUGCUGCUGGAGGCCCUGUCCAGGGACCGGGAGGGACACUGUCCCCAGCAGAGGGUUGUUCAGGGGGUCAUCCACUCCUUCGUACAGGUGGAGGAGUACAAGCGGAAGCAACCUCUGUCCUUGUACCAGGAGAUGUUUGAGGGCCCCUUCCUGCAGGAGACUGGCAAGCACUACCAGCGGGAGGCACACCGGCUGCUCGAAGAGUGCGACUGCUCCUCCUACAUGGAGCGCGUGCUCCAGUGCCUGGCCCAGGAAAACCUUCGGGCCAGGCGCUUCCUCCAUCCCUCCUCCUACCCCAAGGUGACCCGCGAGUGCGAGCAGCACAUGGUGGGGGCCCACUUGGGCUUCCUGCAGCAGGAGUGUGCCGCCAUGGUGAAGGGGGAGCGCCGCACGGACCUCGGCCGCAUGUACACCUUGCUGCGGCCCCUGGGCGCGCGGGCGCUCGAGGCCCUGGUGGCGCAACUCCAGAAGCACGUAGAGAGGGUGGGGCUGGACCGUUUGGUUGGCCAGGGGGCAGAGCAGCCCCAGGAGGCCCCGCCCACCACGCCGGGGGGCGGCCCCGGCGAGGAAGGGGGCUCCUCCUUUUCGGGAGCCCAGCAGCAGCAGCCGCCAUCGUCGUUGCACCCGCCGGGGGGCGUAUCUCCCCAGCACUUUGUGGAAGCGGUGCUGCAGGUGCACUCGACGUACCAGAACCUGGUGAAGGAGGUCUUCCAGGGAGACCAGCAGUUUGUUGGUGCUCUUGACAAGGCUUGUGCGACCAUCAUUAACAACAGAGGCAACACGAAACAGCCGUGCCGGUCCCCUGAGCUGCUGGCCAAGUACUGCGAUGCCUUGCUCAAGAAGAGUGCCAAGGGAAUCUCCGAGUCUGAAGUGGAGGACCGUCUCACGCAGUCCAUCACGGUCUUCAAGUACAUAGAUGACAAGGACGUCUUUCAGAAGUUCUAUGCCAAGAUGCUGGCGAAACGCCUUAUCCACAGCCAAUCCAUGUCAAUGGAUGUUGAAGAAGCAAUGAUCAACAAACUCAAGCAAGCGUGUGGCUACGAGUUUACCAGCAAGCUCCACCGUAUGUUUACGGACAUGAGCGUGAGCGCCGACCUCAACAACAAGUUCAAUUCAUACUUGAAGACGGAGAACAUCGACUUGGGAAUCAACUUCUCCAUCUACAUAUUGCAGGCUGGAGCGUGGCCCCUGGGCCAGAGUGCGGUAUCGCCAUUUGCGAUACCCCAGGAGCUGGAACGUAGCGUCCAGAAGUUUGAGCAGUUCUACGGGAGCAAGUUCAGUGGGCGCAAGCUGACGUGGCUGCAGCACCUGUGCCAGGCAGAGGUGCGGCUGUGCUACCUGCGCAAGUCGUACCUGGUGAGCCUGGGCACCUACCAGAUGGCGCUGCUGCUGCCCUUCGAGGGAGCAGACUCCCUGGCGGUCAGGGACCUGCAGGAGGCCACCCAGCUCUCCCAGGACCAGCUGCAGAGGCAGCUGCAAGGGCUCCUCGACGCCAGGCUGCUCUCCAGCCCGGAGGAAGGUCCCAUCACGCCGUCUACAGUGCUGUAUUUGAACAAGUCCUACUCUAACAAACGGACAAAAUUCAAGAUUUCGGCCGUCGUACAGAAGGAGGCCGCUCAACAAGAGAUGGAGCAGACGCACAGCUCGGUGGACGAAGACCGCAAGUUGUACCUUCAGGCCGCCGUUGUGCGCAUCAUGAAAGCCCGCAAGGUGCUCAGGCAUAACACCCUCAUCCAAGAGGUGAUCAACCAGGCAAAGAACCGAUUUGUGCCCAGCAUCGCCAUGAUCAAAAAGUGCAUAGAAGCCCUGAUCGACAAGCAGUACCUGGAGAGGACUCCCAACUCCACCGACGAGUACUGCUACGUAGCCUAAAGGGGCCAGGGACGACGACAACACUGUGUGGCCAUGUGCUGUACGCCGUGCGGAGGAAUGGACUGCGUUGGGACUCUAUAAAUAAACGCCGAGCAAGGAAGUGCACCUUCACUGUCAGUGGCCCCUUGAGUCCCCACUCGAGCGCAUACUUGGUCAUCUCGACGAGCAGAAAUGCCGGUGUUAAUAUCUGCGUCACUCGAGUUAGACACAACCGAGGGACGGGCGGCGUGCCUUCGUUUGUUGCGGUCGUCUAAAUCAUACCUUCGAAAUUUAGGGCUGGUUUCACAUUCUCACCUGGGGCGGUUUUUAAAUGCCUGUUCUUUAGGACUGCUAGAUGACUUAGGACGAAGCGUGGAUGCUGAUAUUUUUUUUGUGUUUUGGCUCGUGUGAUGAGUGAUGCCUGCUGUAAUGGUUGUUGCGUCUAGUGCUAUGGGACAGGGCUAGUUGUGGCUCGGACUCCUGCUUUACACUAGGCCUCUAAACAGUCUGCCAGUGCUCUACGCGAGCUUGCGCUUUGUUUUCCGCAUAGACUGGGUGACGCAGCCUGUUGUUUUGGCACUUUCCAUGAUAUACUAGAUGAUGCCCAAGCAUUUGACAGUGUCUUCAAACUUCUCCUCAUGCACCUUUUGCUCACUAGUUGAGCUGAAUCUUGAUUUUUGCAGAGCUUGAAAGUACUGUGGAAGAGUGAGCACAUCAAUGAGUGACAUAUUUUGAAUUGGCCUAGUAAAACACAGUUUUGACCACCUUUGGAUUCUGAGUGCUGGUAUGUUUGCCAGUGCUUGCAACCUUUGCCAAAAUGUUGCUUUCAUCAAAUAAAUGAGCCCUCGGUGAUCAAA